AUGAGUGGGGUUGAUUACAAGCGCUUCCUGCGCUUUUUCUACGACCCUCCUCCGAAAUACGAUGAUAUGUCUGGCACCUCGAUAUGGCUAUUGGGGAAAGAAUAUAUACCCACACCGCCGAAGCCCGUGACAACCAUGGAUCAUGACGACGUUGUCGAGGUGGAGUCGUCCUCUGAUUCCCACGAACCUUCAGAUGCAAGUGCUUCUACCACUGCAGAGACACAGCCUCAGCAGGAUCAGAACACCGGCAGCUUUGAUGAUGCACAACAUGUUACGGGAGAGAAUCUUCCUUCGUUAUCUAAUGACCCCUCUGACGGAGGAUGGCCAUGCGCAUUUCUGGACGACUUCGAGUCGCGAAUAUGGAUGACAUACCGCUCAAACUUCCCACCGAUACCUCGCUCACAAGAUCCCUCCUCCAAUGCCGCCUUGUCUCUUUCUGUUCGACUUCGUAACCUCACCGAGCGCGAUGGCUUUAGUAGCGACGCCGGCUGGGGUUGUAUGAUUCGAUCCGGACAAUCCCUUCUCGCAAAUGCCCUGAUAAUGCUCCAUCUCGGCCGUGAUUGGAGACGGUCUCACCACGUAACCACAUCUACCUCCACGGAUCAGUCUACCCGAAGUGAAGCCGAGAUCCUUUCGCUUUUUGCCGACUCUCCGGACGCGCCAUUCUCGAUUCAUCGUUUCGUUCAACAUGGUGCGUCAGCAUGUGGAAAGCAUCCAGGUCAAUGGUUCGGUCCCUCUGCCACGGCGUCCUGUAUCAAAGAACUCUCCGCCGAGUGUGCGGCAGCAGGCCUACGAGUCUACGUUACCCCUUCCGCGUCGGAAGUCUAUGAGGACCGUUUCCGCUCCAUCGCAGCAGCAAGCCCGUCCGACCCGACCAUCACUCCUACACUGAUCCUACUGGGGAUAAGACUGGGCCUCGACAGAAUCACGCCUGUGUAUCAUGAAGCGUUGAAGAAUUCGCUCACAUAUCCUCAAUCUAUCGGGAUAGCAGGCGGGAGACCCUCUUCCUCACACUACUUCAUCGGCUGCCGGGGUGAUCUGUUCUUCUAUCUGGACCCGCACGAGACGCGACCUGCACUGGCUCACCACACCAAUGCCUCAAAAUACACCGAGGAAGAAAUUGCGAUGUGUCACACGAGACGCCUGCGCGGGCUUCGUAUCAAUGAGAUGGACCCAAGCAUGCUCAUUGGGUUCCUGAUCAAAGACGAGGGAGACUGGGAAGACUGGAAGAGACGGAUCAAGGAGGUCAAGGGCAAGGCGGUCGUGAGCGUGUUUGACAAGGAAUCGUCGGCGCAGGGGGAAACGAAUGGACGCAAGGAGGCCGUGGAUGAGGUCGAGACGUUUGAUGAUGAAGAUGACGACGAGGCCGUCACGGUGACAGGCCAGGAAGGUGAAGCAGAUCAGGAGACAGAGACAGAGACAGAGGCAGAGGGACCCCAAGAGGCGAGGCCAGCGGAAGUGCCGGUCAAGAAAGACCUCGGAGUAGAAGUGAUUUGA